CGAGACUCAUCCGAUACUUAUCAUCAUAGUGAUAGUGUAUCACGAGUCCUUGUAUUGAGGUACCAGAAAGCACAAGGUGUGCAUAUAUGUAACAGGUGUACUUGGAUGUACUACAUUAGAGGUACCUAAGGUAUGUACGUGAUGAAACUACCUAAGGUACCUGUAGUACCCUGGCAAAAGCUUGUGGUACAUACCUGAUACCUCUUAUUACUUUACUGCCGUACCUUCCCAUCCCUCUGCGCGAAAGAAAAGCAACACAAUUCCGCCUUCGCCUUUGUGAUAGUUCUUGCUUUCUCUUCCUUCUUUCUUCCAGUCUUCAAUUCAAGGAUCGCCAUUUUAUUUUUGGAUCAUCGCACGUCGGACUUUCGACCUGUUCUUUCAAGUUGUUUGCUCCCAGCAUAACACUCAAAGAUCCAAGUCCAAGUUCUAUUCACCCCGUCUAACCAAUUCUACGAGUAUCAUGCACAACCCAUGAGCAACACGCCCAAGUUUCGUCGCAAAAGUUGAACCAUUCAUACCCAAAAGAAUAUACCCGUCACUGGUCUGGUCGCCUGUAGCUGUGACACCCAUCCCACGCGACAGGUAUUUCGCAGCUCUGUGAACGAUCUUGCCCAGCAACAACGCCUCGGCUUCCUCCUAACUUAGUUUUCCCAAAUUUGAGCAGCCAAAAUAGAUUAAUUUCAAUGUUGUCCUCCCGCGACGAUCAUCAUAUGGCUAUGAACAUGAGUGGCAUGGAUAUGUCGGACUCGUCUGUGAUGCAUAUGGUAUUUCAAAACAGCAUCACUACGUCUCUCUACUCGGAUUUCUGGACACCACGCACAAGCGGCGCCUACGCUGGAACCAUCAUAUUCUUAGUCAUUCUUGGUAUCGCAUUUCGACUACUACUUGCAGGCAAGGCACUAGCAGAGGAGCGAUGGUUGGAUGCUGAGAUGAAGCGAAGAUAUGUUGUUGUGCAAGGAAAGCUCCCUGUCGCCGAGCAGGUGUCAACUGACAGCUUCAGCAAGAAGAUGACGCUGACGGAAAAUGGCGUCGAAGAAGAUGUUGUGGUUGUCCAGAAGAAACAGCUUCACCUUCGUCCUUGGAGAAUGUCUGUUGAUCCCGUGCGAGCGGUGCUAGAUACUUGCAUUGCCGGUAUCAGCUAUCUUCUCAUGUUGGCAGUCAUGACAAUGAACGUCGGAUACUUCAUGGCAGUCCUCGGUGGCACAUUCCUGGGCAGCCUACUCGUCGGCCGAUUCUACAGCUCGGAACACUAAAACGCAUAGUUAAUCGCGGAAGGAAAGGGAAGCAUUACCCGUUUUCAAGUCGCCAAGACGGCGCACAUUAAUUUUUCAAUCUAUAAUACGACGGCAUGAGCAUGAGUCCGGUGGUGUUUGCGAGUUUACAAGGGACGGUAUUGCAUUCGGUUCUAGGCUAGUUGAUAUCAGCCUAUAAGGCAAAGGGAGGGGCACUUUAUUAUCAUGACUGCGAUUUGAGCAUGGCGUUAAGGGGGGCAGUAAGCAAACAUGCAAGCUGAGGCAUCUGGUACUCAAAUGAAGCAAUUUAGAGACUUGGAAGCUGCAUUAAUUUCGCAAAAAUGCUAUCAAUAAUCAAUAUGAUUAAUACUAAUUGAA